AUGGCGUUCGACCCAUCGCCGAUGGACACGGCUUCUCAGCCCUCGACGUCGCGUGUCUCCCCGCCGUGGACGCGCGCCUCAAGGCGCCUGUCGUCGCAUGGUGGCCACGGAUCGGGAGGAGAUCUGACGUCAGAGCAGGCCGUCCUCGCCGCGGUCGGCGCCGCGCUGCUCCUCUUCGCCGCCUGUUGCUGCUGCUGCUGCUGCGGCUGCUGCAGGAGCAAGAAGAAGGCGAAACAGCAGCCUUACCACGACGCCAUGCGGUUCUACGCAGAAACCUCCGGAUUCAAAGGUGACAGCACGGCGACCUACUACACCAGCGGCGUCAAGCCGGCGCAAGGGCGACAGCAAUGGCAGAACCAGGUGGCCGCGUCGUCGUCGGCCAACUGGCGCGUGGUACCAGCGCCUCCUCCGCCUGAUAUGGACUCGACGGCGUUCUCGACCCACCGGCCGCCCGUGAUGCCCCCACCACCGCCGCCAGUGCCGGUGGGCAUCGAGAAGAACGCUUUCAGCUACGAGGAGCUGGCGGCGGCGACGGGCGGCUUCUCGGAGGCGAACCUGCUGGGGCAGGGCGGAUUCGGGUACGUGCACCGGGGCGUGCUACCCGGCGGGAAGGAGGUGGCGGUGAAGCAGCUCAAGGCCGGGAGCGGGCAGGGCGAGCGCGAGUUCCAGGCGGAGGUGGACAUGAUCAGCCGCGUCCACCACCGCCACCUCGUCUCCCUCGUCGGCUACUGCAUCGCUGGUGCCCGCCGGCUGCUCGUCUACGACUUCGUGCCCAACCAGACGCUCGAGCACCACCUCCACGGGAAAGGCUUGCCGGCGAUGGAGUGGACGACGAGGCUGCGUAUCGCCGUCGGGUCGGCCAAGGGGAUCGCCUACCUACACGAGGACUGUAACCCGCGGAUCAUCCACCGGGACAUCAAAUCGGCCAACAUCCUCCUGGACAGCAACUUCGAGGCGAUGGUUGCGGAUUUCGGGCUGGCCAAGCUGAGCCACGGCAACGACACGCACGUCUCGACGCGCGUCAUGGGCACCUUCGGCUACCUGGCUCCCGAGUACGCCUCCAGCGGGAAGCUGACAGAGAAGUCGGACGUCUUCUCCUACGGCGUCAUGCUGGUCGAGCUCCUCACCGGCCGGCGGCCAGCGGACCGCGCGUCGUACGGCGCCGAGGACUGCCUCGUAGACUGGGCACGUCCGGCUCUCUCGAGCGCCUUGGCCGACGGCGACUACGACGGGCUCGUCGACGAGCGGCUGGACGGCGACUACGACCAGAUGGAGGCGGCGCGCGUCGUGGCCUGCGCCGCCGCCUGCAUCCGCCACACCGCCAGGCGACGGCCCAAGAUGAGCCAGGUCGUGAAGGCGCUGCAGGGGGAAGUGCCGCUGGAGACGCUGAACGACGCCGCGCGCGGUGCCACGCUCAGCUCGGUCAGCUCGAUGCCGGGACCGGAGUACGGCCAGUCCGGGUCGUCGUCGUACACGGUCCAGAUGGAGCGGAUCAGGAAGGUGCCGCUGCCCAGCCCAGAGUACAGCGCCGAGUACGCCGGCCCCAUCUCGGGGUUCGGCGGCCACCCCUCGCCGUCGCCGGGCAGCAGCGUCGACAGCAACGUCUCCCCCGCCGGCGAGCACGUGCCGGUCACGAACCAGCGGCAUCGAGGUUACCGGCAAGUAUGA